AUGGUUCCUAUUCCUUGUCGGUCCAGGGAACUGCGACUUAUCAAUCCAGAGCGACUUGCUGAUGGUCGGCCCUGUCUUUACGACAUCAAGACAGCCUUCAAGGACUCGACGUUUGCUUCCGUGAUUGGCACAAUCAGUCUCUGGCUCUGGUUAAUGCUCCUCUGGCCGGGACUCGGCUCCCUCUUCGGCCAGUUUGAUUUUGGGCAUUUCAGCGCUUGGGUAAGCGAAACGAUUGAUACCAGUCACUGGAGUGAUGCUUGCGUCAAUUUAUUGGUGUCUUAUGAUGAUACAGAAAAUGCUGGUGCUGCUGGUCUCGACGGCUUGAUGUAG